AUCUUUCAUCCGAGUCAAGCCUCGAUCGUCUGCAAGUGCCCAAUCUUUCUACCUCUGCACCCUCCUGCAUCUUGAACAACGCAUCAGAAUAUAGACGAAAAUGCGGUACUACGAGCAGCGCUAUCCAGAGGUGGACGAGCUGGUGAUGGUCCAGGUCCGCCAGAUCGCGGAGAUGGGUGCAUAUGUAAAGCUGCUUGAGUAUGACAAUAUCGAGGGAAUGAUCUUGCUUUCCGAACUGUCCAGGAGACGUAUUCGAUCUAUCCAGAAGCUCAUCCGUGUGGGCAGGAAUGAGGUCGUGGUCGUGCUUAGGGUGGACAAGGAGAAGGGUUACAUCGAUCUCUCAAAGCGUCGUGUCUCUCCUGAAGAUAUCACAAAAUGCGAGGAACGCUAUAUGAAGUCAAAAACAGUUGCAUCUAUCAUGCGGCACGUCGCCUCCAAGCUCCCGUCUGGCCCCAGCGAGGGAGCGGAGGGAAAGGAGACAAAGGAGGGAGAAGAGACUGAGGUGACCGGCACGAGCGAGGAGGAGCGUCUCGAGCAGCUGUACGAGCAGAUCGGAUGGCCAUUGGGUAAGAAAUACGGGCACCCAUACGAUGCCUUCAAGCUAGUCCUCACCGAGCAAGAGACCAUACUCGCCUCUCUCCCCGCACCCGUCCCCGAGAACGUCAAGUCCAUCCUCCUCUCCACCAUCGCCCGCCGGCUCACGCCGCAGCCCAUCAAGCUGCGUGCGGAUAUUGAGCUCACUUGCUACACACCUGCCGGUAUCGACGCUAUCAAGAAGGCCCUCCGCGCUGGUGAGAAGGAGAGCAACGAGGCAGUCCCGAUCAAGGCAAAGCUCGUCGCACCACCGUUGUAUGUCCUAUCCACCAAUGCCACAGACAAGUACGCUGCGGUAGAUCGCCUCGAGCGCGCAAUAGAGUCCAUCCAGUCUACGAUCGAGGACAGCGGUGGCUCGCUCGUAGUCAAGAUGAAGCCAAAAGCGAUCUCCGAGACGGAAGAGCAGGACCUCGCGGAGGCCAUGGCAAAGGCCGCACAAGCGAACGCCGAAGUGUCCGGCGACGAGGAGGAGGAAGAGGCCAUUUAGACUCUCACAUUACUCACGGAGUCAUGUACUGGCGCGAUGCGGCUAGUGCAUGGUAGAUAGGUCUCUGUAUAUUACGGAAUGACAAACGCUGUAGCCCUAUACACAAUCAUUCGCGACCGCUUGUCGGGCACUCGUAGGUCAGAA